CCUCGUUCAGUGGCGGGUUUUCGGCUGCCUGGCCGUCUUUGCCCCAAUUGCAGGAGCGGAGGGGAGAGUGCGAUCUCGGGCGCGUGGCGGGUUUUGUCAGCUGAAGCUGUGUCAUCUUUUCCCGCCGGAACGGACAAGGAGACGGAGAUGGCGGGAAGCACCAAAAUCACUGCUUCACAGGUCACCAUCAGAUCUGAGGCCGGACUAUCCCUACACAACUGUGAUAGGUCGUUUUGCUGAUCUACUGAAUGAAGCAUUGACCUGCUGCAUCUCUGGUGCGCCCCUCCUGCGCGCCUUCCACGCUCCUUUCCCGGCCCCGUUGAACGCUCGCUUGAAGUGGCGGAUUACGGUGGGUUAGCGGAAAGUGGGAGUGGCGUGCACUGGCAGAGAGUGACGGAAAUACAGACAAAAGCAGCGGAGCGACGUACACAUGGAAAGCAAAGCAGAGCAGUGCAUAGUGCAUAUGUGCAAAGCGGAGGAGAGUGUAAGUGCAGUAUCAAUGGCGAUAUAAUCUGGCGGUGUUGGUAUUGUUAAUAAUCGUGUUGACUGAUUGGUUCCGUCUCGAUGUGAUGAGUUCCCGAGGUCGGCGGUUCAAGUAGCUCUCUACCCAUACUGCAUGAGAAACGGACAGCAGGAAGAAACGAAGGGCGUGGGGGGCAUUUCACUUGUAUACCUGUGUCAUCACCGGGUUGGGGACAGGCAAGAGGGAAGGACAUCUUCGUCGUCUCAGGAAUCAAAUACAUACGUUUGGCGUCGACGACUAUCAAGCAGCUAUGGCCGUUCCAUCGACCUCGGAGAGAAACGAUGGGCGAGGAGAUACAGCAGCCAUAGCUGUGAACUCAUUGGAAUUCAGUUACCCCAGCGAGCCGCCGCUGCUGUCAGAUUUCACUCUGCGAUUGGAGCCGGGUAGUCGAUGUCUCCUUAUCGGAGCGAACGGCGCAGGAAAGACGACAAUCUUGCGGAUUUUGGCGGGAAAGCACAUGGUUGGUGGGACGGAUGUUGUCCAAAUUCUGUCGAGGCCUGCUUUUCACGACACAUCACUGGUUUGUGAUGGGACUCUUUCCUACCUCGGUGGAUCAUGGUCGAAAACCAUUGGAGGCGCGGGUGAUAUUCCGUUGCAAGGUGAUUUUUCGGCAGAGCACAUGAUAUUUGGAGUCAAUGGUAUCGACCCAGAAAGAAGAGAUCGUUUGAUCGACUUGCUCGAUAUCGACUUGGAGUGGCGAAUGCACAAAGUCUCUGAUGGCCAGCGACGACGCGUUCAAAUUUGUAUGGGACUGCUGCGGCCUUAUAAGGUGCUUCUCCUCGAUGAAAUCACAGUCGAUCUGGACGUUGUUGCACGGAUGGAUCUGCUUCAAUUUUUCGUCGAGGAGUGUGAACAGAGAGGCUGUGCGAUUCUGUAUGCUACCCACAUAUUUGAUGGACUUGACACAUGGGCUACACAUGUGGCGUAUGUCGCAUUCGGGCGUCUCGAGAAAGGCUUAAAGGUGACCGAGCUCGAGGGGCUGCACCAGCCCGGGGGAGCAGACAACCUGCUUGAAAUGGUUGAACCAUGGCUGCGGAAAGAGCGUGARCUGCGACCAAAGAAAGCAGAAGAGUACAAGAAGAAGCAAGAGGAGAAGAAGCGUCUUGAGAAAUCRUCUCCAAGCAAAGCAGCUCAGGAUCGGUUCCCAUCUACCCCGGCGUCCCGUCAAGGAGAGUCGUUAUGGGGUGCAGGAAGACACAUGGCCUUCUAUCGAUGACAAUGGAAGAACACUAAGCCAUCUCCUCUUCUAAUCCAGUUAUUCCUGAGAAGAUUGGGGAGCACACUGACAUCCACUAUUUCAUAGCAGCCGUGCAAUGCGCGGUAAGGUGCGCAGGCAGCCUAACGAUGAAACGCAGGGAACAGCAUUCUUUGCCUGUGGAUGUCUGUGGGGAUCAUUGUGACCUUGUGGGAUGCAUGUCCACUCCUUGCUGGAUACAGCCCCAUGUUUUGUUGUGAUUCUCUCCUCUUAGGGUUUGCUAAACCACCGGCAGUACUUGGCCCAGCUAUUGGCCAUUCGCAGCCAUACCUGGCUGCGUUUAGGGGGGUUGCGACUUUCUGCACAUUUCCGCAAAAAAACGUCCAGAUUCGGGCGCCGAGGAAACUUUCCUUUUCGAGACAUAUGUUUGUGAACCGAAUUGUGGUCAUGUUUGUGGAGAUGUGACAUAAGUUUGUGAACCGAAUUGUGGCCAUGUUUGUGGAGAUGUGCAUGGAAAAAAAAAAACGAACAGCCGUGGGGUGUUCUUGUUUUUUUUUUUUUUCGUUUUGAACGGAAUUGUGGCCAUGUUUGUGGAGAUGUGCAUGAAAAGA